UGCUGACUGGUGGCGUAAUUUGGUUUCAAUCCUGUCACGACCAUAAAUAACAAUACACUCCAUGCAACAACUAGUUCGGGAGAAAAAACUGAAAAGUUCUGGAUGGUUGUGGGCGAUAUCCAAGAUUAUUCCAGAAAAAGGAGCAAUUAGAAAAUCGGAUUUUGCCUUUGUUCGAAUCACACACCAGUUGAAGCUCUCGUCUGUUGGAGGGAAAUAUUUUCUGAGGUGUAUUUCACGCGCGAUUGAUCAGUGACUUCGUUCACUACGAAACAACGUAAUUUCAAGGCGUUUCCGCAGGGUGGCUAGCACUUUGAUCGUGAAUAUCAGCAUCUGCCACACCGAAUUUUUACCUUCUCUAAGGAAGAAAAGCACUUUUUGCACUGCACUGAACCUCGUUUGAGUUAUCGUUUAAGUAAUGUGGAGCACACGGAGUAUGGAGGGCGAACGUUACAAGCAAUGGAUUGUCGAUUGAUCACUCAUCUGUUGGACAAACUAAAUCGACUAAUAGCUUGUCGAUCAUUGUGUGUUUUAGAGCAAACGAGCUCCAUUCUCUCCUAAAGCAUUUCGUCUGGUAAAUUAUCCGUGGCACAACUUUUCUAAACAACGCUGAGUCCAUCAAAAAGCUACUUAGAACAGCAUUGCUUACACCACAUCGUAAUCAAUACAAAGUGUGACAUCCUAACAACAUAUUGAAAGACUUUCCUACUGCACAGACAUUCAAAUCAGGUAUCGUGGUCUCUUGAUAGCGAGAGGUAAAAAGCAGCCUUAUUUUAGUUCGAAAAAAGGGAAAAAGUGAGGCCUGGCACAUUUGAAUGGUUCUGAGUGAUCCUUUGUUUAUUGUUCAACCUAUCCCAGAGUUCUUUAUGGGUUUCUAUGGGAGCAGCUCUACAGACUCUGGGCGUAGCGGAAGUAGCGAGUGAAGUCGCUUGUUGCGCAGGCUCAGCAGCGUGCAGUUUAUUUUGUAAAAAGAAAGUCGGUGGUAUUAGAUCAAGGCUAUACUUCACCGUGUUUCUUCUCCUUGGUACAGUUCUUUGCCUCGUAAUGCUCUCCCCGAAUAUGCGACUAUAUCUGGACAAAAUUCCUUUCCUCUGCACGAGACUCGCGUCUAAACGAACUUGCGACAAUUUCGUGGGCUACGGAGCAGUUUACAGAGUUUCAAUCGCCAUGUCUAUGUUUUUUCUAUUAUUCUCAUUCCUCACUUACAACGUGCACUCUAGGAAAAAAUUCCGCGCUAGGAUCCACAAUGGUUUCUGGUACAUCAAACUCUCCCUGUUGGUUUUGAUAAUAGGAUUCGUAUUUUAUCUACCGAGUUCGGAGCUUAUCAGCAAGAUAUGGAUGUAUAUUGGACUUACGGGUGGAUUUAUGUUCAUUCUCAUUCAAAUUAUUCUCGUCAUCGACUUUGGUCAUUCGUGGAGUGUAUCUUGGGCAGAGAAAAUGGACACCCUUGACACGAAAUGCUGGUACUUCUCACUAGCCUUUUCAACCGCUUUAGUGUAUUCGAUUUCUGUCACGGCGGCUGUGAUGUUUUAUCUUUUCUUCACCAACCCGGACGAUAUAUCACAGUGUAAAGCGAAUACUUUUUAUAUCAGUUUUAACGUAGGACAUUGUGCGCUGGCUACAAUAAUUUCUGUGCUUCCGCGAAUUCAGGAAGAAACAACAGGAGCUGGUCUCCUGCAGUCUUCAGUCAUUACAAUAUACACCAUGUAUCUUACAUGGAAUACCCUUUCAUCUCAACCAGACUCAAAAUGCAAUCCACUUGGCGCGGUUAUACUGGAAUAUGACAAGGUAUCUGGUGUGAAUGGGCAAGCGAUCUUUGGCGCGCUUUUGAUGUUUGCCUUAUUAGCGUUUGCGUGCACUGUCCGCGCCAGCACUUCACAGCUUGGGAAACUGGGACUCUCUCUAUCUGACAAUCCCGAAUACUUGCGAAAAAGUGUCGAAAUAAACACGAAGCACCGAAAACAAGAGAACAUACCUGAUGAGGAUGGUAAAGGAGCCGAGGAACUUGAAAGCGAAGAUGUCGCUUAUAGUUAUUCUUUCUUUCACUUUGUUCUUUUCCUAGCAUCUUUACAUGUCAUGAUGGUAAUGACGAACUGGCACAGUCCAGAUGAAAACGUUGAUUUUAAGAAAAUGAUAAAGAAUUGGGCAGCAGUCUGGGUGCAAAUGGCAUCGAGUUAUAUUUGUUGUCUGGUGUAUAUAUGGACUCUAGUAGCGCCCUUAAUACGAAGGACGUGGGGCCAUUAUCUGGGGUUGGACUUUGAACCUGCCAGACAGCCGAGCGCAAGAAGAGCUAGCGCUGCACGGCUUAGAGACGAUUUCAUGAAGACAAAGGAAAGAUUAAAAACAUCUGAAAUCGUGGUUGAUAGGAAUAGAGACAAACGAGAGCUUGAGCAAAGCCGGCAAGCUAGGAAAAGGAGGCUUCAAGAAGCGAUAAAAAGCAAUCAAGGUAAUGAAACAGACGUCGGUGUGGGCGAAGCAAGUAAAGCUAAAGGCAAAACGGAACACCAAAGUGAUAAUGACCCUCUCUGUUCGGGUGAUAAAAACCGUGACAGCAGUCCUAGUGAAAGGACAGUCGAAAAACAAAAAGAUAAAUCCAAACUCACACCAACUUCGUCGGCCGAGAGUUCACUUUUGCCCGAUGCGUCGAUGUAUGAUCGGAAAAGGUCGUGCUCCUCUGAUAGAACUUCGGAAGAACAAAUAAGGCUUCCCAAUCCUUCUAUGCCAGUGCGAAUACAAAUCGACCAUCCAUUCGAAAAGAUUACCCAAGAAAGUGUUUUCAGCAACAGCGUCAAAGAACCUGAAGUUUCCAAGGAAAUUCUCAGAUUACAAGAAAGAAUUCUUAGAUUUCAGGCGAAGAUCGUGAAAAUCCAGCAUAAAAUAUUAUCCAUACAGGAAACAGGUGAAGUUACUAUUCCAAGAACAGAAAAUGUUACGAAAAGAGGAUAGCUUUUAGGUGCCUGUUCGUCAUACCCGACACAAAUAGAUUCAAAUCAGAACUCUAUCCUGGGUGGUAAAGAAAACAUUUUCGAUUUUCAAGAUAACUCAGGAAACAUUAAAGAUCAGAAGCCCUGGUUCAACCAAGAAGAAGUUUUCUUUUUUCAUUUAAGCACCCACUAAAAGUGAGAAUUAAAAGCAGCCUUUGAUGUAUAGCUAUUUUAAGCAAAGUAUACUAAUAAUUUUUUAUAUAUACCAUCAUGUGACUGUCAACACAGUACUCUAAAUUCCCCCUUCAUUGCAUUCCCUCACUUUUUACUUUAUUUUGUACUAUAAGCGAGAUCUUUUUUUAAGAAUUUG